CUCGCUUACGCCUCGGCGUUUAACCAAUGGAAUCCCGCUGCAGGCUCUCGUACAGCCCUCUUCCUGCCCCGGCGGUGCUGCGUUCCGAUUGGUGGAGGGGAAGGCGUCUGUCUGACGUCACACCGCCCACUCGCCUGGUGCGCGUGGAGGCCGGGCUGUGGGCGGAGGCGCGUCGGCCGGCGAGGGCCGCUCCCAUUGGCCGGCGGGGGGCGUCACGUGGCGGCGGCGCCGUGUGGCGCGAAGGCGGAAGCGAUCCGCGUCUGUUCCUCGCGGCGCCGGUGGCGGAAGCGUCGCCAUUUGCCGGCGGCGGGUGCGAGGAGCGGGCGGCCGGUGGGAGAAUGCCAGGGGCGCGGCGCUCGUUGGCCUCCCCGGUGGUGAGCGGUGUGCUGUGCCCCUGUGGCUCCCCGCGGGCCGCCGCCACGCCCGGUCCCGGCGCUGAAGGGAGCGGCGGCGGCCCCUGCGGACGGGCUGUGUGCGAGGCCUCCGAGCAGGACCGGCGGCUCCGCGCCCUCUUCCAGAAGUUGGACGUGAACCGCGACGGCGCGCUCUGCAUCCACGACCUGGCCGUGGGGCUGGGCCGCCUCGGGCUGCACCGCACCGAGCUGGACCUGCUGAAAAUUGUGAAGGCUGGAGACAAGGACUUGGAUGGACAGCUGGACUUUGAAGAGUUCGUUCACUAUCUCCAGGAUCAUGAAAAGAAGUUGAGACUGGUCUUCAAGAGCUUGGAUAAGAAGAAUGAUGGCCGUAUCGAUGCCCAGGAGAUUGUACAGUCUCUUCGGGACCUGGGAGUUAAGAUCUCUGAACAGCAGGCUGAAAAAAUACUGAAGAGCAUGGAUAAAAAUGGGACGAUGACAAUAGACUGGAACGAGUGGCGAGACUAUCACCUGCUGCAUCCAGUGGAGAACAUUCCUGAAAUCAUCCUGUACUGGAAGCACUCCACGAUCUUUGAUGUUGGAGAGAAUUUGACUGUCCCUGAUGAGUUCACAGUGGAAGAGAGGCAGACAGGGAUGUGGUGGAGACAUCUGGUUGCAGGUGGAGGUGCAGGUGCCGUGUCCAGAACCUGCACAGCUCCCUUGGAUCGCUUGAAAGUGCUCAUGCAGGUUCAUGCCUCCCGCAGUAACAACAUGUGUAUCAUUGGUGGCUUUACUCAAAUGAUCCGAGAGGGUGGAACAAGGUCACUGUGGCGGGGGAAUGGCAUCAAUGUGCUGAAGAUUGCACCGGAAUCUGCCAUCAAGUUCAUGGCCUAUGAGCAGAUCAAGCGGUUCAUUGGUACCGACCAGGAAAUGCUGAGGAUCCACGAGCGGCUGCUGGCUGGCUCUCUGGCUGGGGCCAUUGCACAGAGCAGCAUCUACCCGAUGGAGGUUCUGAAAACACGGAUGGCUCUGAGAAAGACAGGACAGUAUUCAGGCAUGUUGGAUUGUGCCAAAAACAUCCUUUCGAAGGAAGGAAUGGCUGCUUUCUACAAAGGCUACAUUCCCAACAUGCUAGGAAUCAUUCCGUAUGCUGGUAUUGACCUGGCAGUCUAUGAGACACUAAAAAAUGCCUGGCUGCAACGCUACGCCGUCAACAGUGCUGACCCUGGAGUCUUUGUCCUCUUGGCUUGUGGCACCAUAUCCAGUACCUGCGGACAGCUUGCCAGCUACCCCCUGGCUCUUGUGAGGACACGCAUGCAGGCCCAAGCUUCUGUGGAGGGUGCUCCCGAGGUGACGAUGAGGGGACUGUUCAAACACAUCCUGAAGACAGAGGGAGCGUUUGGUCUUUACCGGGGUCUGGCCCCAAACUUCAUGAAGGUGAUCCCGGCCGUAAGCAUCAGCUACGUGGUGUAUGAGAACUUGAAGAUGACGCUGGGCGUGCAGUCACGGUGACCAGGAGAUGCCGAGGACUUGGAACUCUGAAGUCUUGGGGUGUAAUCCCAAGACGUACAGUCAUCUCUCAUUCUGUGAAUGUGUCGACACUAAGCUGACUAAGCAAAGCUGUGAAAUCUCAGAUAGUUUGUGAGUCAGUAAGGGGAGGGGAGGAUCCGGUGUCCUUUGCCAUCUUGCUACUCAGAGCUCUACAGAAACCAUCACACGGUCCUUUUUGCUGGGCCUUCUGGGAGGCCAGGAGGUGAACUCCUGGCCCGAUCUUAAGGCAUUUGUUUGUUUGAGAUCAGUUCCCAGCAGUAUGGCAAAGUAGCAAAGAUUUGGGGAACAGUCUGCUUUCAGCAUAUUCGUGUACAGAGCUGUUUGCCUGCAGAUGAGCACCUUCUGACUUGCUGGAAGAGCUUCUUUUUCCAUUCAGUUGUUAACUUCCUACCCGUUGUUCAGAUUUGUACAAACCUUGUGUAGGAGCUGCUGCCACACCAGGCUUGUCAUUAUGUUUACAUAUAUUCCUUUGGGUAGGAGAUGUUCAUGUUCUGCUUCCAAGACUUGACAUGAAAAGUGAUUUUUGAGCUAUACUGAUUUUGAGGGCUGGUGGGCAGUGGUUUAUCCGGUCAGGCUGAAUGUUACUUAGGCCAGCCUGAUGAAGGAUUAGGAUUAUUUAUUUUUUAUAGAUUUAAGUGUGUCUCAUAAAUCCACUAACAAGAUGCACUUACUAACAGAAGCAGCAGCCUAGAGCCUGCAUGCCUGUAUCCUUUGCAUGCCGGAUUGGCUUGUCUUAUACUCAGCAGGAGCUUGGAAAGGGGAAGGCUGGAGAGCCCUGGGUGGGCUGGCACCUCGAUGCAUGGCUUCAGUGAAUAACCAACUAUUCCACAGCUCCUGUGCAGCUGUGCUCCCAGCACGACACGAGAGCCCCUGUGCAGCGUUGCAUGGACCUCUGAAUUCCGUUCUGCCUGCUGCCCAGGGUGGCUGAUGGACCUUUCCAAGCCCCGUGCCUACGCUGCUACCUAUCUCUUUAGACCUCUUUGUAGUUCGAUGUUCAGGUUUGCAUUAGCGGGAUGGAGUCCCCAAGCCACGGGGAGGGCUGAUAGGGAAGGGCUGGUUGUCACUGGGAGACGUGAGCUCAGUCCUGAAAACACGCUUGCUUUCCUUUCACAGGGUGCUUUCCAUAGGGCUAAGGGAAAGAGACGGCUUUAAAAUUUCUCUGCGUUAUGGGCUACUUUAGUGGAUGGGAUCUGGCUCCUGAGGCCUGGGAGAUCCGCAUCCAAUUGCUCGUUUUGGGCAAGAUGGACCACCGUUGCAUUCCACUGUUUUACUGCUUAAAGCGUAUUUAUUUUGUAUUUAUUUGAACAGAUUUAUGCCAGACUAUUUUUAUAGACUUGUUUAAAUGUUGUUACUGUGCUUGUAUUUCUCCUGUUUUAAAAAGUUCUCUGUUUGUUCUCGUACAUCACGCAGCUGAGUGGUGGGGAAAGACACUAGAGUCGGUAGUGUCCCUUCCCCGGGGGCCUGAGCUGCCUUUCCCCAGCGUGGGGUUGUUGCUGGAGGACCUCAGCCCAGAGAAAUGCUGGAGCAGGAAGCCAUGGGAGAGAAGGGAGCUGGUGAGGAAGCAGGGAUGGGGGGAGAGGGCGCGCUGCGGGGCUCGCCUUGCUUGGAAUCACCUCCAGGCAUGGCCGGGAGGGUUUUGGAGGAAGUUGGGAAAGUAGGUCUGUGCAAGUGGGGUGUCACAGUGGCUAAUGGAGAGCGAUCCUGGGGAAUCUGCAAAGGGGGAGGAGGGAGAAAACUCAGGGACUAAAGAAAACAGUGAGUUUCCAGAGAGAUGGGAGGGAACUUGCCCUCAGGCAAGAGAUGCUGCCGGUCGUGUUUCCAGGCUGAGUCAGCAGAUCCUGCUGCUGAACCAUUGCUCCUCAUGGGCGGCGUGGAGGAGCGUGCCAGAAGUUGUGAAGGGUUUGCUGGUACUCAGCUCCUGAGUCUGCUUCAUGGAGUCUUCCAGGUGAGGCUCUGCCCUGAUGGUGCUGUCAGCAUUGGGCAUGUGGGGUCCAACCGAGCCGCAUGAGCGAUAAGAUUUUUUUCCCACCUCCCUCUUUUGUUGUUGUUGUUGUUGUUGUUGUUUUUUUUUAAGAUCUAUGGUAAAUUUUGCAGUGGCUUCUUCCUACCAGUGUGGCCUAAUGAGAAAACGAAUAUCAGAAUGCAAAAAUCAAUGCAAAAAUGACAACUGUCUUUGUAGCUGUAACCACAAAUUGUUAUAAUGCAAAUCUAACUCAGAUUCUUCAUGUAGGGAACAGUCUGCUAAUAAAGGUCUGUCAAAGAGA